GAGUUUUUACACUUUAUUUAUUGUGAAUUAUUUUUGAUGACCGAAAAAUCUUUUUUAGUCAUUCAUUUUGGAUUUCAUUAUCUUCACGGUGUCCAUCCCUCCCAUCAUGAUUGUUGAUGUAUGGUGGGACAUAAGGAAUUAGGAGUGGAACACAUUUACUUGGAUACAUUGGUUAGGCAUUUACAUUUAUGUGCUUAUACGUUUAUAUUUUUUGAUUAUUUAUUAUUUCCAUACUAGCAAGCGCCAUUACACCCCCUCUUUUACAUAUUGUCUUUUGUUGCUUUCAUCAAUCCCAUGUUUUGCAGAGUAGAUUGCAGCUCCUUAGCAUUGUGGCAAGUGUAUUUAUGAUUAUGUAUAAGUGUAUUUUGAUGGGUAAACGCACAAAGAAGGGAAAGCCCCACUGGUAGAUUAUGGCGUUGUGUUGCAAUAUUUGUAAAAGUGGUUUCAAAGCACACCUUUUACUGAUGGUUGUCUGUGAGAGGUCAGCAAAUAAUUGGUAGUUGUGACCCUGGAAGUGCAACACCUCUUUGUGUCUUGCCGCAUUCAAUAGUAGUUCCUUGGAUCUGUAAAAAUGAAAUUUUGCGACGAUGUCGCAUGCCAGACCAUCCUGUCCUUUGGGAGUGAGGGCUCUGUGUACUCUAUCCAAUUCGAGGCAUUCUAUCGGGAUACCCGGUUGCAGUUCCUGAAAAAGAGCAGUCAUUGUGGCUUGCAAGUCUGUUAUUGAUUCUGGGAUUCCUCUAAUGCGUAUAUUUGACCUCCUCGCCCGAUUCUCAUAGUCCUACAAUCUUGAUUGUAGGAUCAAAUUUUCCUCUUUAAGGUUGUCAAUUUCUGUAGAGAAAUUUGAUGUGCUUUUCUCCAUAUCAUCAGCUCUUAUUUCAAGCGCUGAGGUGCGCUGGCCCAAUUCCCUUAUGGUCUGAAGUAGCCUUAAGUGAUUUUUGGAGCAACUGUUCAAUUUGUACCAAUGUUAUAUGUGGUGACAGUUCUUUGUGUGGAGAAUUAUCAAUAUUCUCCAUUUCUACUGCAGUAUUCUCAGGGGAGGAAUUAGGCUAGCUAUGUGCCUUUAAUGGAGAGGGUUCUUCCUUGUGUAAAGAGAGAGGGCUGGCUGUAGCUUCCUCUCUCUGCCUGCCACCUCAGAAUAGGAGGGCUUCAGCGCCAUGACAGGCUCUCUGUGUCACUGAGGUGAUAUGAGGCGGCGCUCGUAUGCCAUUUCUCAGCUACAGAAGCUCCAAAAAAAAAAAAAGGAUUUUAUGAUGAGGUAGGAGAUACUGGGCUUAGUGUACCACUGUUUUCAUGCCAGUGGGUGGGUUACCUUUGCCAUUAUUAGGCUCAACCAUCCUGCGGGAUAUGGAGCUCUAAGCCGGCAUUACUUCAUGGCUUGGCUCCGUGCGUGUGACCCUGUCUGUUACUUUUCAUGUGGUACCCAAUAUGAUAAAUGUGAAUUUCUCAGCUGUCGAUUUUGAGCUACCUGGUACACGCUGUAACACUUGGUAUGUGCAUCCCUUAUUUAUAAACAAAGAAUUCAAAUAAAAAUAAAGACCACCAGGAGGCAGUGCAUUUUCUGUAUUGGCUCUCGCAGCGGUCACAUGAUUGGGAACCCAUUUCACCAGCUACCAAUCAGAAGCCUUGACUGAAAUCUGUUGGUGACUGCUCAGUCUGUUUGCUGACAGCAUGCAGUGAGUACACUCUCAGUACAACCUCCUGCUACUGUGGACAUGGCAGCUGGGUGUUAAGGCCCGAAUAUCUUUAUAACAUAUAUGUAUGCAAUAUACUGUGGGCAAGAGAAUUAAUAGAAGAAGGGGGUUUAAUGGAGAAAGGGAGGGGGCUGUUGUUGCUGUUUUUUUACUAGGGGGAGUGGUUUUCUCUGGGAGAGGGUGAUUGUCACAAAUUUCAGUAAGGUGCUGGACACGUGUAUUUCAAUGGGUUUUUUUGUUUUUUUUUAGAACCACAUGAUUAGAGUCUUACGCUAAUGUCUUCCUGCUUCUCCUCCUGGCCAAUCAGAAAGCGGGUCAUGAGACCCGAUUGGCCGGGAGUCUUAGGACCCGUCACCAGCUAGAUCGACGAGCAGCAGGCAGAGGGCCAACAACAGCCGCUUCCAGGAUCCAGCACCACCUCGUCAUCGGAAGGACCAGUACGUGAAAGAUGGGCAGCACAAAAGCAGCCCAGGAAGAAUUGGAAGUACCACAGGAUGUCAAUCAAGAUAGCAAAGUCCCCGAUGCAGUACAAGAAGAUGCAGUUCCCGUUUCUAACACAGAUGCCAUGGCUUUGGCCCUUUCAGUGGUUCAGGUUGAAAUGCCUGUUUUAAAUCAUGAGCCAGGCAGCCCAUCAGUUCACAACCAAGUCUGGAAGAAAGGGGGUCGCUUGUUAUCUGCACUGCUGGCUAUUAAUGUUGGUCUGAUAGCCUGUGUUCUUGUUAGCAGUGGUUCCUUAGAAGAGGUCAUAGUGCAGGACACAGAAGUCCUUGCUUUCCUCGUUAUACUAAUGCUGCUUUCUACUUUCUGGAUGAUAUUCCAAUUUUACUUCUCAUGCCGAAAAAAUGCAGUUCUCUAUAAAGAUUCCCAUGCGGGACCUGUGUGGUUGAGAGGUGGUCUGGUGUUUUUUGGUAUCUGCAGUCUAGUUUUAGAUGUAUUUAAGAUUGGAUAUUACAUAAGCUACAUUGAUUGUGAGUCGCCAAUUAAACUCAUUCAUCCAAUGGUGCAGAGCGCAUUCAUCAUCCUCCAGACAUAUUUCCUCUGGGUGUCCAGCAAACACUGUGUUCAGAUUCACACUAAUAUUUCCAGAUAUGGCCUUAUGUUGGUUCUUAUAACUAACCUCAGUAUCUGGAUGGCUGCAGUAACAGAUGAGUCUGUUCACCAGACUAAAGAUUUGGAGGAUGACUUAAAGGUGUUAACCAGCACAAAUGGAUACCAUGAAACUAAAGAUUCUGAUGGAGCACAUGGCCAUACCUGCCGCUGCAGUAAUCAUUUGUGCCACAUCUUUCAGACAGGAUACUACUACCUUUAUCCAUUCAACAUAGAGUACAGCCUGUUUGCUUCAGCCAUGACAUAUGUUAUGUGGAAGAACGUAGGACGCCAGAUGGAUGACACCAUGCCUUGCCACCGUCGUCUAAGUCCUUGCUUCUGCUUUCAUAGUAUUUUUGUGGGCCUUAUCACAGGAUGCAUAGUCCUUCUUGGUGGAAUUGUGGCUCUUGUUACAUACAAGGUUAAAGUAAACCUAGCAGAUAAAAGCUACCGGGCUCAUAUUAUGUUCUAUUCAUUUAACAUUGUGGUCCUCAGCCUUAUGUCAAUGGGCUCACUUGCUGGGUCAAUUAUAUACCGAUUUGACAAAAGACACAUAGAUGGUCAUAAAAACCCAACGCGUACUUUAGAUGUUGCUUUGCUCCUUGGUGCAGCAUUGGGCCAGUAUUGUAUAUCAUACUAUUCCAUUGUAGCGAUGGUGGCCACCACUCCAGGGGAGCUGCUCAAUGUUUUGAAUUUUUUUUACUCCCUCCUUAUGAUUGUACAACUUACACUACAGAAUACCUUUAUUAUUGAAGGACUUCAUCGAGAGCCAUUCAUAGAUGAGGCUGAGGAGCUACCAAAAGAACUUGUUUACGCAAAUGAAGCGAUAGCUUCUACACUGCCUGAUGGAGUAUCUCUAGAAUCCGCGUUAUCUGUAACACACAAUACUGAGAAUACAAUGCACAAUGCAGAAAAUCACCCAUGGAAUUUAAAAAGAAGACUUAUUCAGGAAAUAUCACUUUUUCUGCUGCUGUGCAAUGUUAUACUUUGGCUCAUGCCAGCCUUUGGUGCGCGCCCUCAAUUAAAGAACAAUCUAGAGUUGAAGUUCUAUGGACCUACAGUGUGGACUAUAAUCACCAAUAUCAGCCUUCCCUUUGGCAUUUUCUACCGCAUGCAUGGAGCUGCUAGUCUUUUGGAAGUAUUUAGAAUGUCCUAACUCAUGAAAGACUAAGAAUACACUGUAAAAAAAAAAAAAAAGAUAUGGAA